GGCUUCACUUUUGGACAGCACUGUCAAGUGGGAUAUUGCUGGGACCAUGUCUUCCUCCAUCAAAAUCGAGUCUGUUGUGAAGGAGAAGAACCGGAUGGGAGAGUGCCCAGUCUGGGAAGAAAGGGAGAAUGCACUUGUCUAUGUAGACAUCAACUCACAGAAGGUUUGCCGCUGGAGCCCAGUCACCAAUGAGGUGCAGAGCGUGUCUGUGGAUGCCCGUGUCGGCUCAGUGGCUCUGCGGCAGUGUGGGGGCUAUGUCAUCGCCCUGGGGACCAGGUUUGCCUUCCUGGACUGGGACACCCAGGCAGUCACCACCAUCCUCGAGCUUGAGCAGGAUAAACCCAACAACAGGUUCAAUGAUGGGAAAGUGGAUCCAAAGGGGAGGUUUUUUGCUGGUACGAUGGCUGAAGAGACAGCACCAGGGGUCCGAGCGAGGCGACAAGGAGCUCUCUAUACCCUCUUCCCUGACCAUUCAGUAAUAAAACAGCUAGACCAGUUGGACAUCUCCAAUGGUCUGGAUUGGUCCCUGGACCACAGGACCUUCUUUCACAUCGACAGCCUGUCAUACGCUGUCCAUGCCUUCAGCUAUGAUGUGCACACUGGAAAGAUUGCCUGCCCCAAGCUUUUGUACCAUCUGGAAAAGGAGGAGCAAAUGCCUGACGGGAUGUGCAUAGACGCAGAAGGGAAGCUCUGGGUGGCCUGUAUUGAUGGCGGCAGAGUCAUUCGCAUAGACCCAGAGACAGGAAAAAGAAUCCAAACUGUGAGGCUACCUACUCCAAGGAUCACCUCUUGCUGCUUUGGUGGAAAAGACUACUCAGAAAUGUAUGUGACUUCUGCAUAUGAUGGACUGGACGAGGCCACCUUAGCCAAGGAACCUCAUGCAGGAGAGAUUUUCAAGAUAACAGGCCUGGGUGUGAAAGGGAUCCCACAGAAUUUCUAUGCUGCUUGAACCUUGACACUGAAGAGCAAAGAAGAAAUGCUUCCCUCUUGUAGUAAAUCUGACUGGAAGAAGUCAAAUGAACUACAGAAUUCAUUUGUGUGAAGAUUUCUAAGCCCACAUUUGUGAGUGUACUUGUUUGGAGUUGAAGAUAUUUCUUCUUCUGUGGGCCUGUGGCUUGAUGCAAUAGGUUAGAGAGGUAAAGUUAAUCUGUGUUACACCUUGGUAGCUUUUGUGACUUUCCAUAAACCUCUAAAUGCUCAAGUGUAGUUUCAAUGAACUUUCUGAUGACCAACUCUGGAUUUUCAAGUCUGUGCUGUUCCCAAAGCAGAGUCUGACUCCUCAUGUUACAGUGAUGCACCAGCAACAAUAUGGCAUAUUUGAAUAAACAUUUUAAGAGUGGUGUCUUGAACUGGACUGUUCCUCUGCUGCAGGAUUCCCCUGAGGUGUUUUUGUUUGUUUGUUUUUUUUUUUUUUUUUUUUUUUUUUUUUUUAAUGAUAAGACCUAUUUGUAGUAUCCAGGUUCCAUUUUUACAUCUUCAUUAACCUUUUUCCAGGCUGUCCUGUCUUCAUGACACCACUUAGGCUGCUGAAAAUAAACUA